GUUGAGGCCGACAACGGAUGUUCUCUAAUAUUCGAAGCGUCUCACACAAUGACGGCUUUCCUAACUGGACAAGCUGGUAAAUCUACCGCUUUUGUUUUUCUUGGACUGUACGAUCCUAAUUCUUUCAAUCAAUCUCAAUUUUUUCCACUUCAAAUCGCAUCCAUCCUCACCUGUUGUGUCUAAACAACACUAUUCGCGGUUGUAUAAAGUUCAGUUGCUAUCAAUCAAUCUAAAUAGCAACAUCAUGAAUGUCGACAGGAAACCUCGCGUUGUAUGCCUGGGUGAGCCCAAGUAUAUCGGCGACGAAUACCUAAAGGAAUUCUCCAACAGCUUCAACUAUUCAGUCUUGCCGGCAACGAACCGCGCCGAGACCCAGGCUUUGCUGCCAAAAGAUAUCGAGGCCAACGGACCGAUUGCUGCAUUUAUCAUACGUAUGGGCACGCCGCCCUUCGAGCCCUUUGACGAAGAUCUCCUAAAGUCUCUUGCUCCGGGCUGUCGGAUCAUCACUUCGGCCAGUGCAGGCUUCAACGAGUUCGACGUUGACUGGAUGGCUAGUCAGGGCAUCUACUUCUGCAAUACAGUUAAUGCUGUGGCUGAAGCGACAGCUGACAUGGCUAUUUUCCUUACUCUCGCAGCUCUGAGGAACACAACCAACGCUGAGAAGAGCGCGCGUAAUGGCAUCUGGCGCAAGGGUGCGAACCUAGUCCCAACCCGCGACCCCUCAGGCCUUACUCUAGGAAUUGUCGGCAUGGGGUCAAUUGGAAAGUACCUCGCAAAGAAGGCACUUGCUUUCAACAUGAAGAUCAAGUACUACAACCGCCGACAACUUAGUGACGAUGAGGAAGAGAAAUACAGUGCGACAUAUUGCUCCACCUUGCACGAAUUGCUGGGCUCAUCCGACGUCGUGUCCCUCAACUGCCCAUUAAAUGAUGCGACUACAGGCUUGAUCGGCGCCGCCGAGUUUGCCGCCAUGAAGGACGGGGUCUUCCUCGUUAACACGGCUAGAGGUGCGGUGAUUGAUGAGAAGGCCUUCAUCAAUGCUCUUGAGUCAGGAAAGGUUGCACGAGCUGGUCUUGAUGUGUUUAUCAAUGAGCCAAGCCCUGAUCCCUACUUCCUUAAGAGCGACAAGGUCACCAUUCAACCACACCUUGGAGGCUUGACAGAUAGUGCGUUCCACAAGGCAGAGAAGGAAUGUUUUGAGAACAUCCGAGCAUUUUACACGACAGGGAAGCCCAACUCGCCCGUGAGAGAGAUUAGUUAAGGGAGAAUUAUAAGCAUCAU